CUGUGCGGCAGUGGCGCUAGUGGGUUAUUCUCGCGAAGGACAAUUUUAUUGUUUAUUCGACCUGGAUCGCAGUAUAUGGGGACGAAGGCUUUUGAAACACCGGAUGGUCCACAUGUGCGUUUGUAUUGGUGAUUUGGCGCGUAUCCUUUCAAUCGAUUCGCCAGGUGCCUCGCUACGGCGUAAAAUUGCACCUGACAGCGACAAUCUGAAGACGGCGUGAACAACAAAAUCUGGACGAGCACCAAACAGCUCCAUCCAACCAAACAGUGAUAAAUCCGAUGGUUUAAACUGUCAGUUGUCAACAUUUGGUAUAGCAGAGUGGCAUUUUCAAGUGUUAUUUUGUCGGGUCGCCGUAAUUUAGAACCGUUGUCGUUAAGGAGAGACAAAUAUCGUGUGUUUGGCAACAUGAACGCGCAUGUUUGCAGGACAAGGAACGCACAUUCGUUUGUGCUGUAGCUUAAAAAGCAGUGCCAUCUUUGAGUGUUACUAUUGGAUAUUUAAGCUCAAUUGUUUCCAGCGUUAUAGCAAGCCUACGUUUUUCCCCCGGAAUUAAAUUAAAUAUAGGCUACUUGGAAAAAACGAGUUGCCUAGCCGACAUUAUCAGAGCAGCCUUGCCGCACAGCUGAAGUGCAAUACUAGUCUGCGAAUUAAGUCGAAGGUUUGAUGUGCCCUGAACGAAAUUAACGUGAAGAUGUGGGUCAACCCCGAAGAGGUAUUGUUGGCCAGCGCGUUAUGGAUGACCGAGAGGGCGAAUCCAUAUUUCGUUCUUCAAAAAAGGAAGGGUCACGGCGACGGAGGUGGAGGACUUGCAGGCCUGCUGGUGGGAACUCUGGACGUUGUGCUGGAUUCCAGCGCUCGUGUGGCUCCCUACAGGAUCCUUUAUCAGACGCCCGACUCCCUGGUAUACUGGACCAUCGCCCAUGGGAGCUCCAGGAAAGAGAUAACAGAACACUGGGAGUGGCUGGAGCAGAAUCUUCUGCAGACCCUCUCUAUCUUUGAGAACGAGAACGAUAUCACCACCUUUGUCAAGGGCAAAGUACAGGGUAUCAUUGCAGAGUACAGCAAGAACCAUGAUGUGAAGGAGGACGACGACACCGACAAGUUCAAGGAGGCCAUGGCUAAGUUCCGUAAGCUGUUUGGGAUGCCUGAGGAGGAGAAGCUGGUCAACUACUACUCCUGCAGCUACUGGAAGGGCCGUGUCCCGCGGCAGGGCUGGCUCUACCUCAGCAUCAACCACAUCUGCUUCUACUCCUACCUGUUGGGAAAAGAGGCUAAGCUGGUGGUCCGCUGGACGGACAUCACACAGCUGGAGAAGAUCGCCACACUCCUGCUGCCGGACGUGAUCCGCGUGAGCACGCGUUGCCAUGACCACGUCUUCUCCGUCUUCCUCAACAUCGCUGAGACCUUCAAGCUCAUGGAGCAGCUGGCCAACAUCGCCAUGCGCCAGCUGCUGGACAACAAGGGCUUCGAGCAAGACCGCUCGCUGCCCAAGCUCAAAAAGAAGUCGCCCAAGAAGGUGUCCGCACUCAAGAGGGACCUGGACUCAGGGACCUGGGCCAAGCCCGAGAGGUACCGGGCACUCUUCCGCCUGCCCAAAGAUGAGAAGCUGGACGGUCACACGGACUGCACCCUCUGGACCCCGUUCAACAAGAUGCACAUCCUGGGCCAGAUGUUUGUCUCCACCAACUACAUCUGCUUCACCAGCAAGGAGGAGACCCUGUGCAGCCUCAUCAUCCCUCUCAGAGAGGUCACCAUUGUGGAGAAGGCAGACAGCUCCAAUGUCCUGCCCAGCCCACUGUCCAUCAGCACCAAGAACCGCAUGACCUUCCUGUUUGCUAACCUGAAGGACCGUGACUUCUUGGUGCAGCGAAUCUCUGACUUCCUGCAGCAGACCUCCUCUAAGAUCUACUUUGAGCGGGAGAUCACAGGCAGCCUUAACAGCUCCGACGAUGAGGUGUACUCCCAGCAGGGUAGUCUGCUCUCUUGCAGUCCCCAGCGCAGCAGCGUGAGCUCCGAGACGGAGGGCGAGCGCCAGUUCAACCUCAACGACAACAGUGUUCCCACGGCAACGCAAGCCCUCAUGACCAUGUACAGACACCGCAAACCUGAGGAGUUCAACCCCAAACUGGCUAAGGAGUUCCUGAAGGAGCAGGCAUGGAAGAACCACUUUCAGGAGUAUGGCCAGGGCGUGUGCAUGUACCGCACGGAGAAGACCAAGGACCUGGUGCUCAAAGGCAUCCCCGAGAACAUGAGAGGAGAACUGUGGCUGCUCUUCUCAGGGGCCAUCAACGAGAUGGCCACCCACCCGGGCUACUACGAGGACCUGGUGGAGAAGUCCAUGGGGAAGUACAACCUGGCCACGGAGGAGAUCGAGAGGGACCUGCACCGCUCACUGCCGGAGCAUCCUGCCUUCCAGAACGAGAUGGGCAUUGCCGCGCUGCGUCGGGUUCUCACCGCGUACGCCUUCCGCAACCCCAACAUUGGCUACUGCCAGGCCAUGAACAUCGUGACGUCGGUGCUGCUGCUCUAUGCUAAAGAGGAAGAGGCCUUCUGGCUGCUGGUGGCUCUGUGUGAAAGGAUGUUGCCUGACUACUACAACACCAGAGUCGUGGGUGCACUGGUGGACCAGGGUGUGUUUGAGGAGCUGGCCCGGGAGUACGUGCCCCAGCUGUACGACUGCAUGCAGGACCUGGGCGUGAUCUCCACCAUCUCGCUCUCUUGGUUCCUCACGCUCUUCCUUAGCGUCAUGCCAUUCGAGAGUGCUGUGGUUGUGGUGGACUGCUUCUUCUACGAGGGCAUCAAGGUCAUCUUCCAGCUGGCUCUCUCCGUGCUGGACGCCAACAUCCACAAGCUGCUGGGCUGCAAGGACGACGGGGAGGCCAUGACUGUGCUGGGCAGGUAUCUGGACAGUGUGACCAAUAAGGACAGCACUUUGCCACCCAUUCCCCACCUCCACUCCCUGCUCACAGAUGAUGGAGAUCCACACCCAGAAGUGGACAUCUUCAAACUGGUCCGCAGCUCCUAUGACAAAUUUGGCUCCAUCCGAGCAGACGUCAUUGAGCAGAUGCGAUUCAAACAGAGGUUACGGGUCAUUCAGACCAUCGAGGACACAACCAAACGCAACGUGGUGAGGACCAUUGUGACUGAGACGGCCUUCAGCAUUGAUGAGCUGGAGGAGCUCUACGUGCUCUUCAAGACGGAGCACCUGACCAGCUGCUACUGGGGCGGCACCAGCAACCCCACGGCGCGCCACGACCCCAGCCUGCCCUACCUGGAGCAGUACCGCAUCGACCUGGAGCAGUUCAAGGGCCUGUUCGCGCUGCUCUUCCCCUGGGCGUGCGCUGCCCACGCCGACACGCUGGCCCUGCGCUUCUUCCGCUUCCUGGACCAGAACGCCGACACGCUCAUCAACUUCCGCGAGUUUAUCUCCGGCCUGAGUGUGCUCUGCCACGGAGACCUCACCGACAAACUCAAGCUGCUCUACAAGAUGCACGUCCUGCCUGAGAUUGUGUUGACACAUGAGCAGGAAGAGCCUGAUUCAGCGUUUGAAGCCACACAGUACUUCUUCGAGGACAUCACCCCAGAGACAUCACAUGGCCUGGACUCCAAAUGCAAGAGUGAUAAGGAUGACGGAUUUGUGAGUGUGACUUUCAAAACUGAGAAAGUGAAGAAAAUGCACACUCCAGACUACAGAAACUACCUGCGCCUGUGGAACCAGGAGGCCAAGACGAAGCUAGAAAACAUGAAGGACCUGCCCAAACUGAACCAGAGCCAGUUCAUUGAGCUGUGUAAGACCUUGUACAACCUGUUCAGCGAGGACCCUAACGAGCAGGAGCUGUACCACGCCACAGCCACCGUCACCAGCCUGCUGCUAGAGAUGGGCGAGGUGGGAAAGCUCUUCUCCAGCCCCUCCAGCAAAGACGAGGACGAGGACGACGAAGACUAUGACGAAGAUGAGGAAGAGGAGGCUGCGCGUGGCAAGUCCAGCGGGGACGGCGGGGCCCACCGGACCAAGCUGACUAGUCGUCGUCGUCUGCAGCGGAGGGGCCAGGGCGACUCUCUGAAUUCCAGCACGGAAGAGAGCCAGCCCAAGCCCAACGGAGGAGUAGAGCCACAGCCACUGCUGCCCUGUGCCACGCCCAUGGAGGACAUCAAGCUGGACGACGCAUCUCCCAAGGAGACGGGCGCAUCCUCGGCCAUGCUCAUCUCCGACGACGAGACCAAAGACGACACAUCCAUGUCCUCCUACUCGGUGCUGAGCGCCGGCUCGCAUGAGCUGGAUGAGAAGCUCCACUGCGAGGACAUCGCCGACGACGCGGUCCUGGUGCGCAGCAACGGGCUCGAUGGCGGAGCUGGGCCUAACGGCAGCACAAGGUCUCAUGCCGAAACUGGCUCCCGCGUUCCAGGUGGGCCCCAUGGCGGAGGUAGCCUGCCCCACAGUGCCAGCAUCGACAAGGACUGGGCCAUCACCUUCGAGCAGUUCUUGGCCUCCGUGCUGACCGAGCAGGCGCUGGUGCUCUACUUCGAGAAGCCAGUGGACAUCAUGGCGCGCAUCACCAACGCCAAGAAUAUUCGCAAGGUCGGCAGCACACAGUCGUCCAUUAGCGAUUAUGAGAUCUCGCUCUCAGGAUAGAGACGCUAUCUUGAGGCUCCCCUCCAUCUUGCCUGUAAGCCUGACUAAAUGAGAGAAACGGAAGGACAAUAACACUCAUAAACUCACUUCAUCUGUCUUUAAAUAUAACAUAUAGCAUUUCCACUGUAAUGGGUAGGCCCAUUAUCAUCCACAUUUCCACUGUAAUGGGUAGGCCCAUUAUUAUCCACAUGUGUACUAUACAUCUGUGUAAAGAUGCUAUUGGAAAUGGAAGACACUUCAUUUGUCUGUGUAUUUUAUCUUGACAUUGUUGCAAUCGUGUAUCACUUUGAUUCUUUGUUGCACACUGAAAAAUGAUUUUAGAAGGACUCCAGAAGGACCUAUGGUUCUUAAAGCAACUGGACUAUGGUGCUGGAUAUACUUUAUAUGAACUGGGAUAUUGUUACAGUCAGAAGAAGCCCUGCCUCAGAAAAGGACUGAGCUAUGAACUAUGCGCUGAGCCUCCGAGGCCCCUUAAGAGAACCAGUCAGAAACCCAAAGGAAACAUUUGCUUUAGUGGCUAAAGCAAUAUGUAAUAUGGUGAAAGCUGAAACGUAUAGGAUCUUGCCUGCAGUGAGUUGCCUAAGAUGGACACAAUGGCACUUCUUUUGGGAAUUUCAAUCCUAGAUGUGAAAAGGUGGCCAGCUGCUGUAUGUCACACAAUGUGCUUCUGAGAGUUCACUUUGUACAGGUAUCACGUGGCACAGUAGCUUCGUGACCCAGCCAGUUCACAACGUCUGUCGGCUUCUUACACACUCCCCUGGCUCUCUCUCUGUCUCUCUCUGUCUUUCUCUUUCUUUCUUUCUCUCUCUCUCCCUCUUUCUCUCUCUCUCUUUCUUUCUCUCUGUCUCUCUCUCUCUCUUUCUCUGUCCUUCACUUAUUCUUACACACUCAUGUCCUCCUAUUCUUAUACUUCUCUUCCUCACUCACCCUCAUACUCACACACAGCAUAACCACAUUUGUCCUCCUAGUCUUAUUCUCUCUCUCUCUCUCUCGAAGCACCUGCACUUUCUGUUCUGAAGUCCCAUAUAAACAAACACUCCUGUAUAGAGGUCCUCCAUCUAGUAAGCACACGCCAAUCAAUGGGUAUAACUUGCUAUUGAGAAUAAUGAUGUCUCUAGACAACACUUCUUUGCCGUCUUUGUCAUGCUGAUGUUUAUAUGUACACAACAUCAAGGCUGUACUGAGAGUAGGCUGAGAGUACCGUUUGAAAUCUGUUUGGUUUUUAAGAGGAUGUUGGUUAAACCCUGAGAGCAAGCUCCUAUUCAUGGUCAGCAUAAGAUAUGGUCUGUCUAAUCUGAUGCUUUAUACAACAUACUCAGAAGGGUUUGGAUUAGAAAAGGUUUACAUAUUGACAUUUUAAUUUAAUUUUACAUUGUUUCAACCCUUACGGGAACAUUGCAUGUUUUAUUCAUUGUCUCAAGCUGGUCUUUUUUUAUAUAUAAAACAUCAUUGUUUUACUGUUUUUAUGCUGUUUUAUGCUGCUGUUUUUAUUUGAUUAUAACUGUGAAUGAUUUUAAAUGUCCCAUUGUUUUACCACUCCGAACUAAUUAAAUUCUAGAGUGAAUUAUGUUA